CACCACCACACCUUGCACCAACGCCCCGCAUGCGCGCCCGCAAGCGCUCCGUCGCCGCUGCGCCUGCCGCGCCGGCGCCGCUGCUCUCGCUGCCCGCCGAGGUGCUGCACAAGAUCUGCGCCCAGCUGCCGCCGCACAGCGUCUCGGCGCUGGCGCGCACCUGCCGCUCGCUGCACGCCUUCGUCUCCGCCGACGACCACCUCUGGCUCUCGCUCUACCGCUUCCGCUGGGACCAGCCUGAUGCGCGCAACGCGGCGCGCCCGUCGGUCUGCAGCGGUGGCGAGCCGGGCCCUUCGGCAAGAGACGUGCCGCUGGGCAAGGGCAAGGGCAAGGCUCACGAGCAGCCAGCGGCCGCCGGGGAUGGCAUGGCGGCGCAGGUGUGGCGCAGCGACGAGCAGGCCAAGCGGCUGGCGCGUGCAGCGGCCAUGGUGCAGCGGGGCACGUCCAACAAGCUCGCACUGGUGGCUCACUACAACGAGACCGCUCGUGCGCUCCUCAGCGCGCUGCACUCGCGCCUGGCGCGCUCCGGCGAGCCAGACGCUUACAACGGCGUGCUGCCGCACAGCCGCACAGUGCGCACCUUCGAUGCGCUCUUCGGCGACGACUACGAGGGCGUGUCGGCGUAUGCCGCAUGGAUCUAUCCGCGCGAGGUGGUGUCGACCGUUGCGACCUGGCAGCGGCCCGAGACGGCAGAAGCAUAUGCGAACUACAAGCGCAGGCACGCGGCACACGAAGCUGCCCUGCGAUCACAUCCGCCGGUCAGCGAGGGAAUGAGUGUCAGGAUCCGGGGCUCUCAGCUGCCUGCGGUCAGGGCAGUGGCGCAGGCGCAUCUCGCCGCCUCGACGGGUGCGGCAGCCAGGAAGGCUGCUAGCCAGCGCGAGGCCCGCCCUGUGCCCGGCCAGCGCCGGUCGCGCCGGGCUGCGCAAGCGAUGGUGCCCGAGCCGCUCCGUCCGCUCUUCGACCACGGCGACGGCAGCGACGACCUGCCCAUGACACUCGAGGACAUUGCGCCCAUCGACGAGCAGCUGGCGGCCGAGUUGCACGUCCUGCACGGCCUUAGAGAGCUCGUGACGCCCGCUCGCACCUACGAGCGCGGCCCGGCAGCGGGACGGCGGCCGUGCCUGCCGGUCCUGGCGAAUCAUCGCCUGGGUGUCAGGGCCUCGGACGCUCGCAUCUCUGUGCCGGGCAGCGUGCGCUCAGGCUCGACGCUAGACGACCUGGAGGAGGCUCACUACCACCGGCCGCCAGCUGACGCGCGCCUCGCGGCGCCGCUGCACUUGCUGUCGCAGUCGGGCUUCAGCUACGGUUCGCGCGACGCCAUGGCGGGCGACAAGCGUCUGCGCGGACGGGCCCGCCGCAUCGUCUACUCUGGAGCGCGCUUUGGACCCGAGAACUGCUUCGGGCCCUUCUUGCCGUACCGGCCGCCGGCAGGCGCCAACGCUUUCCGCGUCAGCGACGCAGGCGACGAUGCAUCGGACAGCGAGGAGGAGUUCUUGCUGGAGGCUCCACGCGUGCCGUUCGGUUCGACGAAGCUCAGCGCCGAGGCGCUCGGCCGGCUGUGGGAGAAGCCGAGCGAGCCGGAUGAUGCUGCGGACGCGAGCGACAACUUUGAGGACAACGAGCGCGAGUAUAGUGCAUGGGAUACCGAGUUGGAGCUCGUCGACUUCAGCCUCGGCCGGCACAACGGCGGCAUGACCGCCCACGAGUUGCUGCAUUUCUGGGACGACGAAGAGGAUGACCUGCACCUCUUUGACACCUCGCCGGGGAUCGACGAGAUGACGGAAGGGCAUGACAGCCAGUCCGAGUCCCCCGACGCUGACUCUGCGGAUGGAGAUGCUCCGCCGCUGCUGCACCCGGGCCUGGAAGAGGAGGCAGCCGACUACUCCAGCGAGGAAUCGGCAGUCUCAUCAAACGCCGACAGCUCAUCAAGCGCCGAUUCUCUGCUGUACCCAGACGAGCAAGACCUGAUCACGCUCGCCGGCCAAGCUGCCGGCUCCAUUCCUCGGCGGCUCAUGCGCGAGGCACUGGCACGAGGCGAAGUGCCGGAGAAGCGCAUCGACUGGGUCGUGGUGGAGGCGCUGCAGGUCGUGAUGCACGCCAACAUCAUGCACGCGCAGCUGCACGGCUGGGGCGCCGCCUGGCUGCGUCGCAUCGCCUCGCCGGGCCUGCUCGAGCCGCAGCUCGGCGCGCCAGAGAACGAUGAGAUCUCAAAGGACAGGACGAACGACGUUGCUGGCUACAAUCGGGCCACGCACCUGCUUCGCCCUCCGUCUGGCUUCGAGCACUCGCGAGGAGCGGCUCUGCCGAAGGAGAUGCCGUCGGGCCAGCCGUACGACUGGGCGCACCUCGAGGGCGUCUGGAUCGGCACGUACAGCUUCCUGGACUACCGCGACUGGCUGGAAUACAACGCGACGGAUGCGCAUCAGCGAGGCCACCGAUGGGGCAACCCCGAGAAGCAGCUCAACCCCCGGCGGCCUCCGCGGCUCGAAGAAGAGAGCGAAGCCGUCGGCGACUUCCUCUAUCUCCAGCUGCGCCUCCUGCCGCACAAGCCCGAGCACCGCACGGAGGUGGAUACCGAGAUCGAGGACGAGGACUAUCCGCCGCUGUGGUUCGAGGGCCGGACUUGCAACGUGGACGACGCUGGCCCCACGCCGCGAGGAGCGGUGCACGGCGUGGUCCGGCCCGUCUUUGCUCCCGGCACCAGCGCCGCGCCCGGUCCGGAUGGCCGCAAGGCGAAGCGAGCCAUCUCUGGCAUACACUUCUCGAUCACGCACCGCUACGAUGGCGAGGACCGCUGGAAGCUCGAGUGCGUGUGGCAAGCUGUCACGGCCGGAGCUCGGCUGACGUCCAGCCCUUCACAGAGCCGUGCAGCCCGGCCCGCCCGGUACUCGCGCGGCCAUCUACGGCAUCUGGAGCGAUGCGGAGCGCGAGGAGAACCCGCCAUCGGCGCACCCCAACGGGCCGUUCGCCUACUGGCGCCAGGAUGAGCGGCG